CCUCACUUUUCCUAAGUCAACAGCAUCACUACUUACUAAAUCUCUUUCUCGUGCUUCACCGGCGUCAUUCCUGAAUGCCUUCCUGUAGCAGCAAAUUCCCCUUAGGAGGCCAAAUGGGUAGUGAAGAAAGCCAUCGGCUUCACAUUUUCUUCUUCCCUUUCUUGGCUCCGGGCCACAUGAUCCCCAUGAUCGACAUGGCCAAGAUGUUCGCCGUGAGAGGCUGCAAGUCCACCCUCGUCGCCACCCCACAUGACGAGCCCACCUUCUUGAAAUCCAUCGCCAAACCCAAGGAUUUGGGCCUCGACAUGGAUGUUGUCACGGUGACAUUGCCCCUCAAAGAGGUCGGCUUGCCUGAAGACUGCGACAGUCUGAGCAAGGUCACUACCAUGGAGAUGCGCAUGCAAUUCAUGCGAGCCGUCAUGAUGCUGGACCGACAGCUCGAGCUGCUGAUAGAGAGACUCGCCCCAGAUUGUCUAAUCGCGGACUUGUUCUACCCCUGGACGACUGAGAUCGCCGCCAAGUGCGGCAUUCCUAGGCUCGUUUUCCAUGGGACGAGUGCCUUUGCCAUGGCGGGUGCAGAAUGCGUGAGGCUCUAUGAGCCUCACAAGAAGGUGUCUAGCGAUUCGGAGCCCUUUGUCAUCCCCAACUUCCCCGGAGAAAUCACACUGUCCAGGAUGCAGUUGCCCGACUUUGUCAGGGAAGAGACCGAGUUAACAAAGUUCAACAACGUGGUGAGGGAAUCGGACAAGACGUGCUUCGGAGUCGUCAUGAACAGCUUCUACGAGCUCGAGCCGGCUUACGCUGACCAUUACAGGACAUUCCUCGGGCGACGAUCCUGGUUCGUGGGCCCGUUCAUGCUUUGCAACAAGGAGAUUGAAGACAAAGCACACGGGGGCAACCAAGCAUCCAUUGACCAGCACGAGUGCCUCGAGUGGCUUGAUUCGAAGCAACCCAACUCAGUGAUCUACAUUUGCUUCGGGAGCAUGGCGAGUUUCAAUGCUGCUCAGCUCCACGAGAUCGCAGUGGGACUAGAAGCAUCGGGGCAACAGUUCAUCUGGGUGGUGAAGAAGGACCCAAACGUGGAAGAAGGCAGAGAAGAGUGGUUGCCCGAUGGGUACGAAUCAAGAAUCCGAAACAAGGGCCUCAUCAUCAGGAACUGGGCUCCUCAGGUGCUGAUUCUCAACCACGAGGCGACCGGAGGGUUCGUGACGCAUUGCGGGUGGAACUCGAUCCUGGAGGCGGUGACGGCCGGCGUGCCGAUGGUGACGUGGCCGGUCGCUGCGGAGCAAUUCUACAACGAGAAGCUGGUGACCCGAGUGCUCAAGGCCGGGGUCGACAUCGGGGUGAAGCAGUGGGUCCUCUUCUCCGGGGACAGCGUGAAGAGCGACAGAGUGGAGGAGGCGGUGAAGAGAGUGCUGGUGGGUGAGGAAGCAGAGGAGAUGAGGAGGAGAGCGAAAGCACUCGCAGAGAUGGCGAGAGGGGCCGUCGAAGAAGGCGGGUCUUCUUGGUCCGAUUUGGGUGCUCUCAUCGAAGAGCUCAAACAGCACAAGUUGGCUCCCAACAAGAAGAUCUGAUUCAUGACCUG